GCCGCUCUCUCGCCGCUCUCGUCCCGCUCGCUCCGCUCCCGUCUCCGCGCCGCGAUGCCGUCCCCGGGCUGGCGCCCCACUCACGCGCGGGUGUUGGUGCUGCGGGCGCGGGGGCUGCGCCCGAAGGCGGCGGGGGGCAGCGAUGCCUACGCCGUGAUGUCGCUGGGGCGGCGCCGGUUCCGCACGGCGGUGUCGGAGCGGUGCGGGGGGGACCCAGUUUGGCGAGAGGAGGCCACCUUCGAGCUGCCGCCGGAGCCCGCCGCGCUGCGCGUCACCGUGAUGCACCGAGCGCUCGCCGGCACCGACAAGUUCCUGGGGAGAGCCGAGAUGGAGCUGCCGCCGCGGGACGGGAGCGGCGGGGGCUGCAGGUGGUACAAACUUCGCUCCAAACCAGGGAAGAAGGAAAAGGAGAGAGGGGAGGUCGAAGUGGAUAUCCAGUUCAUGAGGAGCAACCUGACAGCCAGUAUGUUUGACCUGUCUGCCAAGGACAAGUCCCGCUCUGCCUUUGGCAAGCUCAAAGACAAGCUCAAGGGGAAGAAGAGCAGUGGCCUCUCCGACACGGCCUCGGCGAUCGUUCCCAGCAUGGCUCACUCCCCCGCUGACAGCGAAGAUGAGGCGGUGGAGAAGGAAAAGAAGAAAUCCAAGUUUAAAGCCCUGUUUUCCAAGCCCGGCUUGCAGAAGACUUCCCUCUCCCAGUCCAUGUCAGUUCUGCCGACGCAGCAGCCUGUCACCGAGAGGGUUCGGCUUCACCCCAGCGACUUCCAGCCGCAGUGGGAUGACGAGGAUUCUGACGCCUCUCCGACCUCAGAAAAAACCUUUGGAAAUGCCCUGGAAGAGAAGUCCUCUCCUUCUGUAUUUAAAUCUCGUAAAACAGCCACUUUGGACUUCAGGCAACUAAACCCAGGAACCACUAGCCACAACAAGAAAGAAGGGCUCUCUUUAUUCAGCGGCCUUAAAUCCAAAAGCGAUCCCAUUUCCAAGUCCAGUCUGUGUAUCAAUGGCAGUCACGUUUAUAUGGAAGAGAGCACGGUGAAGGACAACACUCCAGCCUCUUCCCCUUCUCCUCACCGCUUCAAACGGAAGCAGCUCUUUGCUUCAGAGGAGAACCUGUCUUCCAGACCUACUAAAGGGCCUGAAGAGAUGGAAAGAAUAUCUCCUAGUCCUGCUUUCUCUGGGUCUACAUCCUUGGAGACUUUUAAAUCUAUGACUUUGCCCUCAUACAAACUGCUGAGCAGUGAAGAACACCCAGAACCCCGUGUUCCUCCGACUGUUGAGGUUGUUAGAGAGGCCAGAAAACCAGACCACAAGAAGUCUACCUUGCUCUCUCUGGUCACAGGGAAGAAGGAAGCAGUAAAGACCAUUGAUGCUGAGAGUAUUCCCGACAGGAAUUCCCUGCAGGAUAAGGAAAACAAAAUUCCAGAAGAGAAGAGCGAACAAGAGGCCAAACAGUUGGAGCUUCCAGCAGAUUUAAGCAGAGGGAGUCCUGCAGGAGACGGCCGCUGCACAGAAGAUGCCUUUGUGAAUAAGCAGCCCCUCAACCCUUUUGAGGAAGAACCAAAACCUGAAAGAGCUGCUGCACCAGCAAAGACCAAAGCCGUCAAGCCCAGACUGGGCGCGUCUUCAGAGGAGGAAACCAAAGCCGUGCUUCCUACUCUUGCACCUGAUUCCCUUCCUGCUUUUCUUUCCGUACACCGUAUCAGGAGUGACAAUAAUCCUUUUAUUUCUAAACCAGGACAAAAAGUCCAAAUGCCAGACUCUGAAAUCAUUGCUACUACUCCUGCGUCCCUUGCUUCUCCUCCUCCUUCUGCUGCAGAGCUUUUGAACGGCAAGAACCCCUUUAUUCCUGAGCAGGACAGGGCAUCCGCAGCCCUGGAUCCCAAAGGCACUGCCCGUUUCCCUUCGUCCCAUCACCUUGUUCCCAAAGCUUCUCUUCCUGGGCAGGGGUCUGGUCGUGCCAAUAAUCCUUUUGCUUCUGACUGGGGGCAGAGCUCACGGGGCCAGGGUCCUGACCGCUCCGACACAUGGGCUUCCCGGGGUCUCUCUCACCCACCUGCACCUUCUCUCCCCUCUGACUGUCACUUUAAUGGUAAUAAUCCCUUUGCAUCCACGCUUGGACGGGAAGUGGAUGCACCAGGCUUCAAACCUGCUGCUGGUUCUUCCCCUCUCUGCCUUCCCUCCGAUGCAGACGGUUCCGCAGCGGAGCACCCUGCGGAGCUGGAGCGCUCUGGAGGCGAUGCUGCAGGGGGCUCUUCCUCUGCGGCUGUAACUAAUAAUGCCAAAGCUGUGUCCAGCCCUCCCAGCACCCUCGCUGACACCCUUGGUCUGGCUCCAAAGAAGCAGCACGAUUCUCUCCAGCUCCAGGCUAAGACGUCUUUGCAAAGCAGCAAGCUAGGCAAGGGGAAAGCUGUGUCCUUUCUCCUUGGUGGAUUGGAGGAUGAGGGUCUGGGUGGGCAGGAAGGUGAAGAGCAGGGCUCUGGUUGCAGGGAGAUGUUACUUACGGGUUCUGAUGCAGCAGGACAGAGAGUGAAGUUUACUGGCAAGCUGGAAGCAGAGUGCUGCCCAUUGCCAGAGCUCUCUGGUGACAGCAUAGGUCCCAUCCGAACCAGCGAGGCCACUGCUUGGCGUGGUGUGGAUGCGGGCAGGGUGAAUACCGAGCCCCACACAAAGGAUGACAAGGGCUUUGCAUCCCUCUCAAAGCACGGUGAUAACCCCUUGCCAGAGACCAGUGUGGAACAGCUGUCUGCCCCUGACAGGGAGCUGAAAGAGGAGCAGGAGAUCUUGGGUAGGAAGAGGUGGGAAGGAUGUAUGCCCACGUUAGAGCCCCAGGCAGCUCCCGUUGAUAGGAAUGACUCCUCUUCCCAAGCAGGCUCUGCCAAACCAGCCUUGGGACCUGGCACGCUGUCCCACAACCAAGCUGGCAGUGAGGUGUUGGUUACUCCAAAGCCAGCACCUCGGCUGAAGAAGCGCCCACCAGUUCCUCGGGCUGAGGGGUUAAGUGGUGAUGUGCUUUCUUCAGGCAAUAGUCUAAAAGCUAUGCCUGGGCUUUCAUCUGAUGCUGACAAAGCCUCAGAUGCUCGUGAGUGCCUCCCCCAGAGCAGCUCAUUAGAGACUGCUGCUCCACCAGCAACAGUCGGAGAUAGCGGCCGUGACAGGCGUCUGAAAAAUGAAGGCGAUGAUGAUUUAUUUGACUGCCUUACCAGUCUGAAGUCUGCCAUUCCCAUUAGUGGAGAUCGUGGUUUGAAACUGGCCAGUCUUCCAGUUAUUCCAGAGGGAGGCUCUGAUGACGAGCUGCUGGGUGACUCCCAGGAGAACUGUGCUGUCGCUGCGGGUGAUGAUAACGUUUCAGAGGCUGGGAAGCAGUCCCUAAGUUUAAUGCCUUUGCGUGAGGAACCGAGAGAGCACUCGGAUAGCUCUGCUGCAGCCCAGGUCACCGUGGGCACUCACCAUGUCAGCAGCCAGGUAGCUGACUUGGGCUUAGGUGUGACGUGUCAUUCUGGGGAGCAGAACAGUCAUUUUGAGAAAGAAGAACUGAAAAUAAGCGCAGGUGAUGAGGAGCGUGCAGACCGUGACUUCUUUGAGCCUUCUGUUUCCUCUUCCUCCCUCUCAAGUCCUUCCCAGCCCUACUCUUCUGCUCAUUCCCUCCUCUCUGACACCCCAAGUCAUAGAGCAGAGUCUCCGAAAAAAACAACAGCCGAGGGCUUCGCAGAUAAAGCAGGAAAUUCUGGCAAGAAGAAGCUGCUUCGGGCCUGGGUUUCACCCUCUGAAACGCACCCUAGCCAGGCUGAGCGGGGCGGUGAAGCCCUGUCUGCUAAGCACAGACUCCAUCCGGUGAAGCCAAUGAAUGCCACAGCAACCAAGCCUCCAAGUAUGAACCUGAAUGUCCUCAGCACAAUGAACGAGAAGCUGCUCGAGAUGAAUGCAAAGAAAUACGAUCCCACAGACCCUGCCUACGCGUACGCUCAGCUGACACGGGAUGAGCUGAUCCAGCUGGUCUUGAAACAGAAGGAUACGAUUACCAAGAAGGAUCUCCAGGUGCGUGAGCUGGAAGACUACAUCGAUAACUUGCUUGUCAGAGUCAUGGAAGAAACUCCAAACAUUCUUCGCGUUUCAAUGUCUGGAAACAAAAAAGCUGGGGAGAUGUGAAAGCUCUGGGGACGCUGGGGAACAAAGGGCUGAAUUCCUGCCAGUGGAGUCUGAUUAAUAAGGAGACGACGUGGAGUAGGUGGUACCGGUUGUGCUGCCCACAGAAAAUGACCUCUUUCCCCUUUCUGCCUUGAGCAAUCCCAGUGUGGUUAGUACUUACGUCAGGUCCUGUGUUUAGGGUCCAGGAUUGGAAUCAUAUUUAUUUUUUGGUUUCUUUCCAUUAUUUGGGAAGAUUUGUGCAGUUUUAUGAUACAAAGCCUGAUUGCAAUAAGAAGGACAAAGGGUUUUUGAGGUGCUUUGCUUGCCAGCAAGGCACUGAUAAUCCUUUAUAAAGAAUUCUUGUUCACAGUUUUGUUUUGUAGCAGCUUUGAUAGAUCACUUAUUCUACUUUCCGUUCCUGAAGUUGUAGUGCAAUAGCAAAUCUUGUCCAGUAGAGCUUGGGGAUUUGAUUGUUUUUAUAAACCGAGUUGUUAAUAACUACACUGGAGGAGUUUGAGAUGUGCGUGUCGGGCCAGGGCUAUGUUUGAAAAGUAAUUGAUGCCCUGAAGGCUGAAUGCAAGGUAAACCUUAGACUGGAAAUGAAGAAGCAAAAGUUCUCGUGGAAUACCUGUUGCUUCCAAGCAGCUCUCAAGGGAAAGGUUGACAGGGUUUUGAUGUAGGAGAUCUUGAGAUCUCAUGGUACGCUUGUCUACUGCCGGAAUGGUACUAAGGAAUUUGUGUUUUAAUUCAGAAGCUGUUCUCUUGUAGCCUUCACAUUCCUGGUUCGGAAGUUGUUUAAAGGGAGGUAAAGGUCCGCUUGGUUUCUGUUCUGUUGCCCUAAGUAGGUAUGGAUUCCCCAGGAUCCACUCCUGGCCCCUCUCUUGCUUUGUGGGUACUCCUGGACAAUUUUCCUUCUACACUAUAUUAAAUGUAAAUCCCUUGGAAUUUGGAGCUGCAGCUUGCCUUGGAGCAGCCUUGCAAGGUGAUUGGUCUUCCAAUGCUUUCCUUCGGGCAUUCGUUGUGUAGCCAAGGGAGGAACCAAAUCGCCCUCCCCUGGGGAUUUCAGCAAGUGCUCCAGUCUGAUUCAGUGUUCUUUGUGCCUGAUGCUCGGAAUGGAAUGAAGAUGUUUCAGUUUUGCUGGACGAUCAGUACCUCCCGGUCUGCUCCCUGACCGUGUGGCUGUUGGGCAGCUCAACAGAGCUCGGUCUGUUCCCCUCCCCAUCCCAUCGGGCAGCACACAACAGGCUGCUUCCACCGAGAAACUAAACGUGGCGCUUUUUUCUGGCAAACUCUUAUCAAAGAUCACAAAAAUCAGCUGCCUCUUUGCAGCUCAGAAGAAAGCUGAAAUGCCAAAAGAUUCGGGACCAAAGCAAACGUUCCUGCCUUCCCAGUUGAGUCCAUUGGGUCACUCCUGGCUCAGCUUGGAAGGGGGGAGCUUUGAACUCAGAUUUUCUACAGUAAAGCACUUUAUAAAGGGCCUAAACCAGCUGGAUCGACCGUCACCCUGUGAGCAGACUGUUUGCUAUUUCCUAAACCACUGAAAACUGCUGGACACUUCUCAAACACGGUACUUUUGUAGUGAAGUUUAAUAUAUUGCCUAGAGAUGUACACAUUCGUUGGAGAAUCCAAAACCUGCUGUUAAUGACAUUUUUAUUGCUGUGCACUGGCUUCACCACCAAAGUCUGGAGCUUUCCCAGCAGACCUGUCCUUCCCGGGGAGCUCGAGCGGACACAAACCUUAAGCGUUCUGUGAGACUUCAGGUACUUCUUUCUGAAUUGAUUUUUACUUGAGCAGAUCUCUUGGGUGAAGAGGUUAUUUGUUCCUUUUCUGCUGUGCCUUCUGUGAAUGAAGGGUCCGAAACACAGAAGGUCUUAGUGGCACCUUCAGCUCUUGGCGGGUUUGAAUUCUGAGAAGUGCUGGUUGGCCUUACCGGAAUCUGCUGCUGCUCCUCGUGCCUUGAAAUAGUGAGGAAGAUGAAGGAUGAAUUUGUUUCCUCCUGUGCCUCAGUGCGUCUCUGGAAAGGAACGCUUGCCUAUACCUCACUAACAGACUUCUCUUCUAGACUUUAUUCCACAGCUUUCUGAUGUUCUGCGUCAGAGAGUCAGAAAAAACGGUUGUGCCUUGGAAUGAUGGCUUAACAGUAACUGGACACGUGGGUAGCAAGGCUGGACUCUUGCUUUUUGCUCAUUUUAAAGUAAUAUGUAAAGUAAAGAAGUCCCUGGCUCCCAAAGGCCCUGCAGUGCUGCGUGCGAUGCUUUGGGAGUGUGGAUUUUAUGACAUUCGGAUAAUGUGCAUUCCUGUCAGCACAGGAAAAAAAGUGGCAAUGUACGUUCUUAGUAGUCUCCUUGGUGAUGGAGCCUUAAAACUUGUCCUCUCCUCUCCUGGCAGCCUCUUUGGCCAUUUCCAGCCGUGUGUGGUGAGGAGGACCCCGGGCUGGGCCUGGCUGUUCCCACCGGGGUGGUUCUCUGAGGCGCUGAGCCUCCCGCGGGUGCUGCUGCAGGGCUGUGGUUCUUCCACAUCCCUGGCUGUGAAAGCAUCACCCAAUCCCUGUACCUCAGUCUUUUACUGACAAUACUCGUUAAGGCCUUUCUUUGGCAUUUUAUGCCCUGCAAGGUGCUUCACCUUGACUUUAAAGCCCUUAGGAAUCAAAUGUCUGGUUUUACUGUUGAAGGAUCUGUAUUUCUCCCUGUCUACUUUUAGCCUGGUGAACUGUUUUGUUUUUAAAUGCCUUUUGGAUUCAUGGAACACUAAAAUAAAUUUCUC